AGGCGCUGAUGAUUUACCGCCCGGUGUGGAGCUAACAGGGUUGGACAUUUGUAAAUGUAGUUGUAUUUACCUAUACGUUCUUGUGCACUUAUUGGUGGUCUGACUGACUGCAUUAAAUAUAACAAAAUGAUGACCUAGUGGGUAAAACCAAUAUAACGUGACUUUGCCCGCGGUUUCGUGUUUACGUUAGCUGGGCAGCUUAGCAUUCUAUGCUUUCCAACUGAGUGUCCCAAGCUGUGGUUUACUUAGAAAACCGUUCUGCCUGAAUUCAUUCCCUGACGUUGUGGAAACGUUAGGUGACCAUGACUCCAACAAAGCAGGAGGGCAUGUCUACUCUCAUUGACAGGACAAUGAGAAUGAGGAAGGAGGAGCAGGCGCGCCAGGUUGUCCUUGCCUGGGCAGUCCUCAACGUGUCUCUGGCUGGCAUGAUUUACACUGAAAUGUCAGGAAAACUGCUGAGCAUGUACUUCAACAUAUCUUACUGGCCUAUCUGGUACAUAGAGCUGGCCUUUGCCUCUGUCUUCAGCCUUAAUGCCCUGUUUGACUUCUGGAAGUACUUCAAGUACACCAUGACCCCGUCCACAAUCGCUGUUACCCCUGACCAACACCGCCUUCUUGGCCUUAGAAACUCAGGUAUCCAAGCAUCUCCCCCUCUGAAACAAGAGAAGAAGGUGGCUCCAGCCCCGGCACAGUCAUCUCCCCUGCAGGGACAGAGUGUGCUCAGCUUCAGUCCGUCCAGGCCAGCCAGCACAAGCCCCAAAUUUUCCCCCUCCUGUGUGCCUGGAUACAGCCCCCUUCUGACUGGCGCCUCUACCCAGGGCAGCGGGGGACACUUCUCCCCUUCCCUGGCCUUUGGGAAGUUGAACUACAGCCCCUCUGGCAGCUCCCCAUCAUCCUACCCAAGCAGUAUUGGCCCAGUGGAGGGCACCAGCCUGAGGGCUCGAUACCGAACCUCGCCCUCUGUGUUCAACUCCCCCGGGGGCAAGGAGGACUACAUGGAGGACCUAAAAACCCUGGACAGGUUCCUCCGCACUGAAGAGGAGAGGAGCCAUCGCAGUCAAUUCGGGAGUCCCGAGUCUGUUUCGCCCUCCCACAGCCCUACCUUCUGGAACUACAGCCGUUCAGUGGGGGACUAUGCCCAGAGCCUGAGGAAGUUCCAGUAUCAGCCGGCCUGCCGCUCCCUGGCCCCCUCGGCCAGCAAGGACGAGACCGACCUCGGGUCCAAACAGGCUGCGGAGGAGGUUUGGGCCAGGAUCACGACCAGUCGUCUCGUGGUGGACAGCAUAGACAGCUGGACUGCCAAGCUUAGAAAUUGGAUCAAUGACACUAUCCUUGUACCACUGGUGAAGGAGAUAGACUCUGUGAACGGCCAGCUGAGGAGAAUGGGCUGUUCAGAACUACAAAUCGGAGAAGCCAGCAUAGCCAGCCUUAAACAGGCGGCCGUCGUGAAAGCCUCAGCCAUCCCCACCAUGCCUGCUAUUGUACAGUACCUAGAUAUAACCCCCAACCAGGAGUAUUUAGUGGAGAGGAUCAAAGAACUGGCGCACAGUGGCUGCAUGAGCUCUUUCCGCUGGAACGGGGGCGGGGACCUCAAAGCCAGGAAAUGGGACACGGACCUUCCUUCAGACUGCGCAGUCCUCAUGCACCUGCUUUGUACGUACCUGGACUCCCGGCUCCCUCCUCACCCCAAGUAUCCAGACGGAAAGACAUUCACCUCGCAGCACUUCACUCAGACACCAGACAAGCCUGACGUGACGAAUGAGAACCUCUUCUGCAUUCACCAAAGUAGCACCAAUCCCCCGCACUACCAGUUAAUCUACCAGGGCCACGUGUACAGCCUACCCAAGGGACGGAAUAACCUGUUCCACACCGUUCUCAUGUUCCUCUUUGUCAUCAAAACCAAGGAAUCUGGAAUGCUGGGGAGAGUAAAUCUGGGCCUAUCAGGUGUGAACAUUCUGUGGAUAUUUGGGGACUGAUGCUAUCACUUAUUUAUUCUUGAGAAAUUCACAGCAGAAUGUCAUAGAGGAUAUUACAUGGCAGCCACUCUUAGUGACACCUCAAGGUUUGUUUGUGAUAUAAUAAAUGACUUCUGAAGAUUAUGCCGUAGGUGUAGGUUUUCAUAACCUCUCUCAAAUCCUGUUUCAAAUGGAAGUUGCUAUUCAAUUUCUACAAGUACCUUCAUCUUCAGUGAAACUGCACACCACAUUUUGUAAAAUUCUCAGUUUUAUGGCAUUUGUGAAUACUGUUGUUUUAGUUUUUUUUUUAAAUAAAUAUUCAAAUAUUACAGUUACAGUUAGACAGUAUGGUGCUUCAAGCUAAAAUAGUACUGUAUUUUAACUUAAGGCUUUCUAAAUUGACUCCAUAUUCAGUCAUUAUCAUAUUAGGUAUUCUGUGACUGUACCAGGAUAGCAUCCUUAUAAAUGGCUUACCACAGAUUUGUCUGGUGGAUGGCAGAGGGUUGACCCCUCCUGGUGUGAAUGUGUAUUAAAGUGUUUUCUUUUUCUUAUAAAUGAUUUAUGAGAGUUUGAUAAUUGAGUAUAUAAUGCAUGACUUCCUUUUUGUUGAGUGACAGGCUUUGGGUGCUAGAAAAGGUACUUGCAGAAGAUGGCAUGACUGUUUACUAGGGAUGCAGGUUUUUGCCUUGGCAUCCUCAGUAAAUCUGCUGUGUAUUUUUCUGAAUUACAAUUCAUAUACUAGAUGAUAACAGCCAUGUGCAUUGUAUGACAUGUGCAUUGUAUGACAAGAUAAUUGGUGUGAAGUCUGCUGCUUUUCACUUGAUGGUAAAUUCUGAUGUACAGUAUGGUCAGAGAGAUGCCUUUAUGAUAUUCUGAAUGUCAUUUCUUUUAUUUUUAUAAAAAUAAAAUAGUGAAGCUGAGUAUGGUGGUAAAGGGCUGAAUGGGCAAAACCCUGCAGUCGGUAUUAUGAAAUUGUUAUUAGUAAUGUUGUUUUAUAAUGGUUUUCGAUUGAAACAUGGUAAUAAACACAAUUUACUGAA